AUGAUUUCUAUUCUACUUGCUCUUCUCCUCACUGGCCCACCUCACAAUCUCAAUGAAAUCCAUUUGCGUCCCGCAAUCGACAUCGCUUUUGAGAAGGUGAACGAUGGGGCGGCAGGAGGACUCUACCACAAUUUUUCUAUGUCUUACAUCUUUCGUGAGACCGGCCCGGACUGCGGUCGGCCGGUCAUGGAGGCUCCCGCAAUCGCCGCCGAACUCUAUCGCCGCUACCCCCUAGACGGCAUCCUCGGAUCCCCAUGUAGCUACGAGACCGUGGGCAUCGCCGAUCUGGCCGCGUACUGGAACCUCCCCGUCGUGACCGGCGUCUCAACGUCGGCCGUCCUCGACGACAAGAAUCGCUAUCGAACCCUCACUCGGACUUCCUUCAAAACUGGAGUUCUCGCGAAAGCUGUUGUUGCAUUUCUUGAGGAGUACGACUGGCGUCGAUUCGCGUUAGUUUGGCAGUUCCCCGGCUUCUCAUCCCUGUUUGCAACCGCUAUGGAGGAACUGAUGAAGACCGAAGACAAUGUCACGAUGCACGAAUUUGAUCUUAGAGAUUACGAGUCGGUAAAAGAUGCUCUGGACGCCGCCAAGGAUGUGUCAAGAAUCAUCAUCGUAUCGGGACCCGGUGAACUGGUUCGAGAGGCCAUGCUGCACGCGUUCGAUAUGGGACUGGUCGAUGGUGAAUAUGCCUUCGUCAGUAUCGAACCAUUCAGUAAUACUCUGGUGUUUGGAGAUGACAACUGGAAACAAAACGACGGUCGGGAUGAUGACGCCAAGAAGGCCUACGAAGCCCUCCUCACCGUUCGUCUCUAUGAGCCGCAGACUGACGAGUACAGAGCAUUUCAGACGGAGCUGGAACGCCGUGAGUUACGGGACUACAACUGGACCAGACCCGACCCAGAGCAUAAUAAUUUCUUUGCGAGUGCGUUCCACGAUGCUGUGAUCUUGUACAGCUUGGCUGUGAAUGAAACCUUGGCUGAGGGAGGCAAUAUAUCAGAUGGCUACUCUAUCACGAGGAAGAUGUGGAAUCGAUCCUUCGACGGCAUAUCUGGCACAGUCACAAUCAACAAUAACGGCGACCGGAACGCAGACUACUCCAUCUGGGACAUGACUGAUACCGAAAAUGGCACAUUUCAGGUCCUAUCGAAUUAUUACGGGGAGACUGGUAUACUCGAGAGGACGGGGGUGAAGCCGGCAUGGCCAGGAGGAGGUCUCGACCCGCCGCGAGAUGCCCCGGAAUGUGGCUUCCAGAACGAGAAUUGUCAAUCCAAUGAAUUCCCAUUUCUGGGUCUUGUUGGUAUCGUAGCCGUGGUGGUGGUCCUGGCGUCUGCUGGGAUUCUUUUCGUUAUUUACAGGAAACAUCGACUUGAUGCAGAGCUUAUGAGCAUGUCUUGGAAGGUCACGUGGGAUGAGCUUCUAUUUGACGAGAUUGGUAAAUCGGUUGCCACGGCAACGUCUCGUUCUAGCAUAUCUUCGCGGAGAUCAAUGAAUUCGGAAUUACAUGAUGGAGGCCAGAUAUUCGCAACUAUUGCCAGAUACAAGGGUCGUGCAGUCAUGGUGAAGAGAAUUAGCCAGAGAAAGAUUGAAUUGAAUAAAAAUGUCCUCAAGGAACUUAGAAAUAUGAGAAAUCUUGAACACACUAAUGUCGUCCGCUUUGUUGGCGCAUGCGUGGACCCGCCCAACCAAGCGAUUCUGACUGAAUAUUGCCCCAGAGGAAGCCUACAGGACAUCUUGGAGAACGACCAGCUAAAGCUUGACUUGAUGUUUAGACAAUCUCUGUUGAUGGAUGCAGUCAGGGGGCUUCAUUACAUCCACGAUAGUGCCAUUGGGGUCCAUGGUCGCCUGACGUCAUCAAACUGCGUGGUCGAUGGCCGGUUCGUGCUGAAGAUCACCGACUUUGGCAUCCCUUCUUUCAGAAAAUCCAACAAAUAUGAGGAUAACAAUUACAAGCUCUUGUGGCGAGCACCGGAGCACCUCCGAGACCCUUCAAUGUCACCGAGUAAAGAGGGAGACAUAUAUGCUUUGGGAAUUAUAAUGCUCGAGAUAGGGACGCGAUGUGGACCAUUUGACGAAGAAAGAAAAAUCAUGGAUACCGAUGAAAUCCUUAAGAAACUGAGGUCAACCGGAAGUGAACCACCGUUUCGUCCUGUCGUACCGGAAGCAGCGUGGGACCCUGUCAUCAAGGAUCUAAUGAAGAGAUGCUGGGUCGAGAACCCGGGUGAUAGACCGACGGCAAGCGUCUUGCAGACUACACUCAAGAAGAUCAACAAAGGAACUUCGAGCGGUGGCAAUAUUUUGGACAACCUGCUGAAUCGUAUGGAGCAGUACGCAACCAACCUUGAAGCCUUGGUAGAAGAAAGGACAGCGGCCUUCCUGGAAGAGAAGAAGCGAUCAGAGACACUGCUCUAUGAAGUACUUCCUAGAUCGGUAGCCGAACAGCUGAAGCAAGGAAAGUCCGUUGACCCCGAGUCUUAUGAGAAUGUUACCAUUUUCUUCAGCGACAUCGUUGGUUUUACUGCCUUGUCCUCCCAGAGUACACCUUUAGAGGUUGUUGCUCUCUUAAACGACUUAUACACGUGUUUCGACAGCAUCAUAGCUCAUUUCGACGUAUAUAAGGUUGAGACCAUUGGUGAUGCUUACAUGGUUGUAUCGGGACUACCGAUAAGAAACGGUACUGCGCAUGCUCGUGAGAUCGCGCAGAUGUCGCUAGCUCUGCUCGGAGCGGUCAAAUCGUUCAAAAUCAGGCAUCGUCCGAACGAACAGCUAAAACUUCGUGCUGGUAUACAUUCAGGUCCUUGUGUAGCCGGGGUGAUAGGUGUUAAGAUGCCAAGGUAUUGCCUAUUUGGAGACACUGUAAACACCGCAUCUCGCAUGGAAUCAACAGGUGAAGCACUAAAGAUUCAUACAAGUUUGACGUGCAAGACGAUUCUAGAAAAGUUUCAAGUCUUCGUACUUGAGCUGCGAGGACUGGUCGAAAUGAAGGGAAAAGGGAAACAGACGACAUAUUGGUUGCUUUCACAGAAAUAGUGCAACGAAGAAUGAUUCCAGUCAUUCUUGUUA